AUGCAGACUUUGAAGACAGUGGAGACUCAAGUUCCCUUUCUGAAGGAGAGUUUCUUCACCACCGCUUUCAAAGGCAGGAGGAAGAGCAGCGUUACCAACCUCCUCCGUAAACAGCAGCACUCACUUCUACAUCAGCAGCAGAGUAUUUUAGAGCAUCCGCAGCACAGCGCCACUCAGUUUCUUCCCCCUCCAGUUGUAAAUAGUAAAGGGCAGCAAACCCCGGAGCAUAAGCGCCUCGCUCGCUCAACCAGCAGCCCGUUAUGCAAGACAGCUGAGUGUGCAGGAGCAGAUGGGGAUGGAGAGGAGGGGCAAAAAGAGAGAAAGGAUCAGAGAGUGAGGGAUGCUGCGCCGGGGAGGGGAGGAGAGCCAGGAGUGAGUGGUAGUGAGCCCGACGAUGUCAGUGCCAGUCUCCUCCUCCUUUCAGCAUCGGCGGCACUGGGGGAGGCAGCAUCAUCCUCACAGCUGCCAUCAACUGUAGUAGGCAGACAGCAGGGAUUAGCUAGCAGUGAAAGGGCGCUGACCAACACAGCACCAUCAGCAGCAGCAGCCGCCGCCGAGGAGGAGUCCCAGCAUGCCCUGCAUCGAUCCCAGCAGUAUGGCCUGUUAGCCAAGGGUGUUCGCCUGCUCAGGAACAUGGGAAACCAGGAGACAAAGCAGAAGAAAGGAGGAGGAAGUGGAGGAGGAGCAGGGGAUGUGACCUGUGAUGCUGAGGCUGACGAGAGAGAAGUGGACAAAAAAUCGAAAAAGUCCCAUAAUAAACCAAAUAAAGGAGGGGAGCAUGGCGGUAAGAAGAAGUCCAAGUCUGAUUCCAAGAGUUCUGUGUUUUCUGGCAUGAAGAUCAGGAAGAGUUUAUCCAGGGUGAAAGGUUUGUCCAAGGAUGACAUUUUGGAAGAUGGAAAGUCGGCGAACUUUGGCAAAGAUGGGCUCACGCCCGGGGUGGAGACGAGCCUCUCGGCUGAUGAGAUGGGGAUGCUAUCUGACGCUGAAGGGGACCUAAGCCACUUGACCGCAGACGGCCGCCAGUCUGCAGAGGAUGAGAUUGGCCGCAAGACAAGCUCAGGGUCAGACGCUGACCUCUACAGUUUUCACUCAGCAGCAGGUGAAAACGAAGACCUGCUCUCUGACAUCCAGCAGGCCAUCCGAGACCAGCAGGUAACCAGCAAUGAUGUACAGGAUGUUUUGACCAGGUCAGCCUCUGACGGGAGCAAAGAACCAAAAACUGCAAAAUGUCAUCAGCUUUUUAACCUGGAUGAUGUGAAUUUCACUCCACCUGUCGCCUGUGAAACUGCAGCUCAAGAGCAAAACCACUCGUAUGGGAAACCUGAGAGCGAAAGCAAUGAAAUAGCAGUGUCAAGAAAAUCAUCUGGUCCGGGGUCCUUGAGUGAAAGUGGUCCGUCAUCUUCAGCGCCGGACACAGAAAGAAGUAGCGGUAGCAUUUUUCCAAAGACCAAUAGCACUUAUAGCUUCCCAGACACAACAGCAACAACAACCUCCUAUGAAAGUGCAGAGGAUGAUUUAGAAAGCCCAGGUUUAUUCCCCAAACUGAGUGAAGACAAUCAGCCUGCAAAAGCCAUUAACUCAUGUCUUCCAAGUGUCCAUGUGGACCCUGUAGUGGAAGGAACGGGCCCAAUUGGAGCCCACAGGAGUGCAAGCAGCUUGGACUUAUCUGUCGAGAGGGAGGAUGAGGAAACCGGGAAACGAGUGUUUCUGUCUCUCAGGAGAAGAAAGAGCAGCAUGUCCAGUGGCCACCUGACUCCUGACAGCCCCCUCGGUUCUGAACUAAGACGGACAUCCACCAGCUCCUCAUCCACCGUCAAACUCUACCCACCAGUGCACCCCUCCUACGUUAAGACCACCACCAGGCAGCUCACUUCCCCAAUAAGCUCUCCCAUUACAAGCCCUGAUGUGCCUCGUAAAACGCAUGCCACCAUCAGUCCACUGGAGCCCGGCGGGACUCCGGGGUUCAGGGGCCGCCGGCAGAGAUCCUCCUCCAUCGCAGGGCCCAUUGGCGCGUCUGCAGACUGGUCCCUGGAGCUGGAAGAGCUCAGGGGAAGACAGGUUGUCGGUGGGGCCAUCUUCAAAGAGCAGGACGCCCCAGAUAGGAGUGGCACAGGUGGGACUUACUGGACCCUGGGCUCCAGGAGAGCGUACCACGGACGGCAGAGCUCCAGCACGACAGCACCCUACCUGGAUGUGUUUUCAGGUCGCACUCUAUUGGAUAGGCUUUGUUUACAUCAUGGAGACGGGUCAAAAGAAGAGGAGGCGAGAGAACUGUGCCAUCGAAUGUUGGUCCAAGGUCUGCUGCACCCCUUCAGCAACGGCAGCACAGAGCCACACAGUGACAGCCCUGUCUCUGCAGACUUUAAUGAAGAGCAGCUGUACACCUGGGCCUCGGUGGGCCUGCCAGUCUCUUCCCACCUGUGGGAACUCUAUGGGGGGCGCCCCACAGGCAGAGCACAGAUCCUGAGAUCCUCUUUGCUUCAGUCGUCAGCCAAGACACCAGGAGUUCUUCACUUUGAGACGGAAUCCAGCAGGUUGAAGUCUGGACAGUCGUCGUCAGAGGAUGAAAGCGGUCUUAUCCCUCAGCUGGAGAAAACCAUUGAUGACCUGCGGAUUAAGAUCGCUGUGCUGCAAGGCCAGCAGGUAAAGAGCGGCGGGGAUGAUACUGGCGGUCUGGGGAACGGUCACCGCAAGGCCUCAGAGAGAAGGUCGGUGAAGACGAGUCAGGAGGCGUCCGUCCAGACCUCGCCCGAGGACGACGGCGUUACGUCCGAUGUGCCUUCGGGCGGCGCGUUGCCCCCUGUUUCAUCGGCCGUUCCAAAACCCGCACAGAGUUUUGUCUGCACCUGCCAACAGAGGCAGCAGAGCACCGUCCAGCCCGGUCCUCCCCCACCUCCCCCUCCUCCACCUCCUCCAAUGGCUGGAGGCAUGCCACCACCUCCACCACCUUUGCCGGGGGGUUUCAAUCCACCGCCGCCGCCGCCACCACCUUUACCUGGCCUCGGACCUUGCCCACCUCCCCCUCCUCCACCUCCUCCACCGCCGGGUUUUGGUGGAACGCCGCCGCCUCCCCCGCCUCCCCCGCCUGGCUUUGGGCCACCGCCGCCACCUCCUCCCCCGCCGGGCGCGGGCCCUCCUCCCCCGCCCCCUCCGCCCGGAAUGGGGCCCCCUCCUCCGCCGCCACCCCCGGGCUUCGGGCCUCCGCCACCGCCAGGCCCCAUGCCCUCCAUGAUGGUCCAGGAAGCCGCCCCUGCCAAGGCUGUGAUUGAGCCCCCCAAGCCAAUGAAGCCCCUCUACUGGACACGCAUACAGCUGCAUGCUAAAAAGCACACUGACUCACUGGUGUGGGAGAAAAUUGCAGAACCAACUGUGGAUUUUGAAGAAUUUGUCGAACUUUUUUCCAAAAGUGCUGUUAAAGAGAAGAAGAAGCCAAUUUCAGACACAAUCAGCAAGUCGAAGGCCAAACAGGUGGUGAAGCUCUUGAGCAACAAGCGUUCCCAGGCUGUGGGCAUCCUGAUGUCCAGUAUUCACCUGGACAUGAAGGACAUCCAUAAUGCCGUCCUAAAUAUGGACAACACUGUUGUUGAUCUGGAAACUCUGCAAGCCCUGUAUGAAAAUAGAGCUCAAGGUGAUGAGAUGGACAGCAUAAAAAAGCACAUCAAAUCGACCAAAGACAACGAGGACGCCAAACCACUGGACAAGCCAGAACAAUUCCUGCUCCAGUUAUCACAAAUCCCCAACUUCUCCGAGCGGGUGUUCUGCAUCCUGUUCCAGUCGACCUUCCAUGAAUGUAUCACCUCCAUCCUCCGUAAAAUAGAAAUCCUCCAGAAAGUCUGCAAGACUCUCCAGAGUAGUAAGUGCGUAUUGCAGGUGCUUGGCUUGGUCCUGGCUUUUGGCAACUUCAUGAACGGAGGUAAUCGCUCUCGAGGGCAGGCAGACGGCUUCACCUUGGACAUUCUGCCAAAACUGAAAGACGUUAAAAGCAGCGAUAACUCCCAGAGUCUUUUGUCCUACAUUGUUGCUUACUAUCUACGGCACUUUGAUGAGGAUGCUGGCAGAGAGUCGUGCGUCUACCCUCUUCCUGAGCCCCAGGACCUUUUCCAGGCCUCCCAGAUGAAGUUUGACGACUUUCAAAGAGAUCUCCGCAAGCUGAGGAAAGACCUUAACGCCUGCUCAGCUGAAACAGAGAAAGUAUGCAAGCUAUCCUCUGAAGAGACCCUGCAACCCUUCAAGAGCAAGAUGGAUGAGUUUCUCAAUCAAGCCAAGACUCAGUUGGAAACACAAGAAAAGCAGCUGGCCGACACUCAGAAGAUCUUCUUGGAGCUGAGCGUGUCCUUCUCGGUUAAACCCAAGGCGGGAGAGAAAGAAGUCUCUCCCAACACAUUGUUCUCGCUUUGGCAUGAGUUUUCCACGGAUUUUAAAGAGCAGUGGAAGAAGCAGAACAAGCUAAUGCUGCAAGAACGUGUGAAAAUGGCUGAAGAGUGCUUCAAGCAGGCCAGGGAGAAGGCUUCUUAUAACGUGAAGCCCAAACACGCAACAGGAAUAAAAGCCAAGCUCGGUCAGAAGAUCUGAGGCGCAGAAUGGAAAAUGAUCAUCACCAAGCCUAUUGCACAAGCUCUGUUUGUACAAUCUGACGUGACUCAUGAGUCAUUUUUAACAUUCAUUUGCUUCCACUAUUUGUUUUCACUCCGUUCGGAGCUGUUGUUUAUUUUCAGUUGUUUCAGAGUGGAUAUUAUGUUGUUUAAAAGUGGAAUGAAGCGUUUCAUUUGCAGCCACCCUUUCACGUCACUCGGCAAA